AUGACCAACCAUGAGAGUGACGAUGAAGAGCUGACGCUCUCGGCGUCAACCCUCGACGCCCUGAAAGCGUUCUACGCCGAGCGCGACGCCCGCGCCGAGCAGUUCGCCAAGCUCCAGGCCGAAGCCGAGGAGCGGCAUGCGGCCGGUCAGACGAAGCCGCUGUCCAUGGACGUGUUUACCGAAGACUGGAACAAGAGUCAGUUUUGGUAUGCGGAAGAGACGGCCUCGCUGCUGGCACGGCAGCUGCUUGAUGGGGCUACGGCAGAGACGACGAUCGCCGCUGUCUCGGCGCCCAGUGUGUUUGUGGCGAUGAAGAACAUCUUGAACGCCGCGCCUUCAGAUGAGCCUAAACCAAAACUCGUGCUGCUCGAGCACGACAACCGCUUCGCCAUCUUCUCCGAGUUUGUCUUCUACGACUACGCCCAGCCGCUGAAACUGCCCAGCACCUGCGACCGCAUUAUCUGUGAUCCGCCGUUCCUCAACGAAGACUGCCAGACUAAAGCGGCCCUCACAGUCCGCUGGCUCGCCAAGCCCGACGAUGCCGCCCCCCACCAGCAGCAACACCAGCAGCAGCAGCAGCCCCAACCAACGACAAAACUGAUCGUCUGCACGGGCGAGCGGAUGGAGCCCCUCGUGACGCGGCUGUACCGCGCGCUGGGCCUGCGCACGACCGACUACGAGCCGCGGCACGCGGGCGGGCUGAGCAACGAGUUCUACUGCUACGCCAACUUCGCGGCGGCGGACGGCUGUUGGGGGUGGCGGGUGCGGUGA